CAGUUUAUAUUUUGAGCUGAUUCGUAAAACACCUGAUGGUGUUUGUUGUGCAUUUCAUUUUAUUUUACCGAUUACAUCGCUUCGCGAACGUUACUGGCUAAUGUACGGCCGAAGAAGUAUUGUUCUCAGUUGGUGUAUACACACCGAUGGUAGUACUAUAAAUGUAAAUAAAAUAUUACCGGAACGUUAUAGAAAAAUAUAUAAUAAAAAAAUAAAUGUAGCGCAGUAGCUAGACGUUUUGUGUGUAUAUUUUUGUAAUUUUGAUUUCUUGGACGUUGAAAAGUCAAAAGAUCAAACAGAUUUGUGAUUUGUGUGGUUAUGCAUUAUUUAUGUACCGGAGCAACGAAGCAAUUUUAUUUUUACGUACAAUUCAUUUAAGUAAAAAAAAAAAUUAAUCUUGAGAACUCAACAUGUUCACCAGCUGAAAUUGGAAUUCAUGCUCGGUAUUCUUUUUUAUUUCGCUCGAUAUCGAAUUAUCGCUGGGUGGUUCAUAUUAUUCGUCGGUCGACGGUUGAAUGAAUAUUCAAAACAAAAGAAUUACGAUGGAAGGAAGUAAUGUCUAAGGUUUGUUUUUUUUCAUUAUAACGUUGUGUGUCUGUAUUAUGGAAUUGUGAUCAUAAAAAAACAGCGUUGUGGAUAUAUAUUGAAGUCAACGAAUCUUAAGUGUUUAAUUGUGUAAUGUGUUUGGCGCUUCUAUAGUAUACUAUAUGCUAUGAUUGAAUUUAUAGCGUUUGUCAUCAGAAUUAUUUUUAAUUAAACAUCAACUGCCAAGUCAAUAAUUGCGUUGAUUCAAUAAAGUGUAAAUCGCAUCAAAAGAAAUUCAAAUAAAAACGAAGAGACGAGAAAAAGAAGAAAAAAAAAAACAAACUUAAAGACAUAAUUUGGUUGUGCUGGCUAAAUGAGGGGAAUAUUGACAGUUAUACUUCAUUAUUAUGAGAUGAUCAACACCGAUUGUUAACGCACACUUUCUUUGUGAAGCAAUCAUGGAGACCUUAUUCGAGACCACUAACAUAACUGAAGAUGCAUGUCGAAUGGCGCAUAGAUCAAGAAAUGUGAGACAUCAACCACGAAGUCAUUUUCAACAAUCCCCGGACGAUGGCAUUGAUGAAGAUAAAUCAGCGAACGAUGAUUCAUGCGACGACACCACUGACGAAAUACCGAUUUGGGUACGUGGUGAACAGCGCUGGAUAUCUGGUAUUACAGACGAAACAACGUGCGGACAAUUGGUGGAGGCGUUAUUGCGUGACGAUGGCAUGGAUGUGGAACAGAAUGAUGGGCUCGAUCAGUAUGUCAUAACCGAACGGUGGAGGCGAGUGGAACAAGUGUUGAACGGUUCGACAAAGGUGCUGAAAAUUUGGAUUGCCUGGGGUGCGGCACAGUCAGAGGUCAAAUUAUCCCUACGACGUAUUGAAUCGCCGCAAGGUACAUACCAUCAACCGGGUGGUGUUAAUGAUGACAGCGGGAGAGAAAGCCCUACGGCUCGACCGGAUAGUGCGAUUUUGCGUCGAAAGCGACACCGAACAUCAAAAACAACCACAGCAUGGAUAACUCAGGCGAACACCGUACAUCCAACCAAAUCACAAAAACCAACAAUUGAAAAGCUAAUGAAACUAAUAUUGGAGCAAGGUGAAACGAUACAACAGCAAUUAUCUAAAUUGAGAGACCGGGAACUGCAAAUUGCUAAAAUCGAAGAGGCACGGCAUCGUUUGCGUGAAAAGGAACAUGGCAAAAAUUACCUACUCGAAACGUAUUUGAAUGGAUUGCACGAUGCAGACGAUAAGGAGGAAAUUGGCAAUGGGAACAGUGGGAAUAGCGACAGUGGUGUACAUACGAGCGAAGAUGCAACAACAACGCCCGAAGUGGGAAUAUCACCGGUGCAUGGUGACGAAAUUUGCGAUGAUUUCUUUGACGACAAAAAUGGCACAAUGUCGGUGCACACAAAGCGGAAGUCUCAAUCAAAGCGAGAAACGAAAUUGCUACGGGAACAUGAAUGCAGCAAAGAAUUUCUGUCAAUGGCACAUUCAACAACACUACCGGAAAUGCAUGAUGAUGACAUCGAUGCAGACAAUAUUUCUGGGCAAAUUGAGGUGCUGGAACAGAUUGUUUCGAUAAACAAACGACUGCAACGUGAAGAAGAACUGCUGGUGCGGUUGAGUGCAAAAAUUCGUAAAUACGAAUCGGAUGAUCCCAAUCUCAGCGAAACACAAAUCAAAGCCGCUAUUGAACGAGUCAACAGCACCAUUGACAAAGGAUUUAUCGAGAUACAACGCAUGGAACACGAGUUCAAUGUAUCCGACGAGAUGUUGGAAGUUAAAAGUGACGUGAUAAAUAGACUCAGCGAAGAGCUGUACAAUUUGGAUUUAGAGACGGCGGAUACUGAUUUACAGCAACCAUUGGCAUUAACUACCGACACUGACCAAAUUCAUGGACAUUUCGCCGACAUAAUGUGCACAACAAGUAGCAAUAACCAUAACUCAGCAUCGAAUAUCAAUUCAGUUCGUCAGCAACAAAUAACUUUACAACCCCCGAUGUUCUUCAGAGACCAUCCACAUUAUAACGAUGCUACGACACAGCCGCAUGCUUCACUUAAUAUCCACCCAAACAACCAAAUAUCCACAGCACCGUACGCAAGCGAUGCCGUAAAUAAAUUCAUUCCACCGUAUCGUGUUUCUGAUCAAAUGAUUUUCACGCAAGCACCCAAUUAUUUCCAAAAAGACGAUUGUGGUGUGCCGCUCGUGAAUUUAUUGCAACACAUUGACCAAAGAAAUUUAAAUAGCCCAUACGCUGUACAUAAUGUGAAAGUGGGCCCAAAGAAAUUAUUGACCGGAUUUGGCAAAGAUCCAGACUCCGACACGGGACUUAGUUCGAUGGGUGAAGAUUGUUCGCAAUUGGGAACGCUGGUGUGAAGAUAGGAAAAAUGGUAAAAUUUUAUGGGAAUGUUUAUGAGGGAAAUGGGUUGUUUUUUCGCAUAAGAAUUUCAUUUGUUUGUUUCAUUAAAAAUUUAGGGUUAAAAUCAGAAAAGGAGCGAAAUUCUCUUUUAAUUAAACGAAAUAAAUCUGUUCUGUCGGGUCGGUUUUGCUGUAAUUGAACGAAAUAAAAAAGCUCGUAAAACAGAGCAGAAUUAACAACAACAACAUAGAAAUAUAUGAAUCUGUCUUCAUCUUCGGACGAAUAUAUCCGUUCAUUGCGGGUUAAGUACGACAACAAAAAAUUAAGAAAAUGUGGCGCAAUGCUUUAUGUGCACUUUCAACAUAAUAGACUGUUAAUGGACGGAGAUAUAAUUCGGUUCAGUUAAACCAACUGGCCUCGAGGGCAGUGUUAAAAUGAAAGAAAUUUGAAUUUAUAAAUUGUUGACGUUGCCCUCAAGGCCAGCUUCACUCUCAUAUAAUGCGUUCACGGAGAUUGACCAAUCAGAUCACUCUAUAUAGUGUUCAAAGAGAAUGUCAAAAAGAGUGUUCACCCAUCGAGCUCAGUUAAAUUAACUGGUUUUUUCCUAGUU